CCGCGCCUCGCACCGUCGCCCCGCCCACACGUCGCCAGCUCGCGUCAGUCGUAGCUCUGCGCCUGCGCCCGUUGUCUCCUUGGUGGCGCCGGGCCCUGCGCCCCGCCAUGUGGGCUGCGGCGGGCGGGCUGUGGGGCUCCCGCGCGGGGCUCCGGGUCCUGCUCCGCAGCCGCGAUGCUGCGCUCGUUCCGGACUGCGCGCGGGGACUGCACGGCUCCGCUGUCUCCUGCAAGAACUGGCUCAAGAAAUUUGCCUCGAAAACCAAAAAAAAGUUUUGGUAUGAAGGUCCUUCCUUGGGCUCGCACUUGACUUACAAACCAUCCAAGUUGGAAUUCCUCAUGAGGAGCACCUCACAGAAAACCAGGAAGGAAGACCAUGUGCGCCUGAGGGCCCUGAAUGGCCUUCUCUAUAAGGCACUGACAGACCUGCUGUGUACCCCUGAAGUGAGUCAGGAGCUCUAUGACCUUAAUGUGGAACUCUCCAAGGUUUCUCUGACUCCAGACUUCUCAGCCUGCCGAGUGUACUGGAAGACAACACUCUCUGCUGAGCAGAACGCACGCACGGAGACUGUCCUGCAGAAAAGUGCCGCGCACAUGAGGCACCUUUUGAUGUCCCAGCAGACCCUGAGGAAUGUGCCACCGAUAGUGUUUGUUAAAGACAAGCAAAGUGCAGCUCUAGCUGAGAUUGAUCAGUUGCUAGCAGUGGCAGACUUUGGACCUCCAGAUCAAAGAGACGACUUUGUGCGAAAUGAUUUCAGGAACCUUGAUGCCCCACGACCCUGCGGCACCACAGAGCCUGCCACAAGCUCCAGUCUGUGUGGGAUCGAUCACGAGGCACUCAACAAGCAGAUUAUGGAGUACAAAAGGAGGAAAGAUAAAGGGCUUGGGGGCCUGGUGUGGCAGGGACAGGUGGCUGAGCUGACAGCGCAGAUGAAAAAGGGAAGGAAGAAGGCCAAACGCGUCCUGGAGCAGGACAGCUCCCUCAAGAGUUACCUGUCGGGAGAGGAGGGCGAAGACGACCUGGACCUGGAUGGCACCCUGGAGUACGAAUGCUCCGCCCCAGACACAGAGGAGUUAGAGGCUGAGAGAAGAGGUAGUAUAACAGAGGAUGACCGCAGCUGCAGAGCAAGGGGGGAGUAGAUGGCGUUGCGUCAGCUCUGCCAUCCCACGUUUGCAGGGAAGGGCUUUGGCAUGUGAUGCAGCAUGUUGCUUCAUCGAGGCAGUUGAUGGAGUUAGAACCAUCUGCUCUUCUGCUGCUUAGACAUUUUCUAGCUUUUCCAUGUAUCGAAACACAAUUUACCCCAGAAAAGUCACCGUUUGUUCCCCCCACCAUACACUAUGUGUAAUUUAGAAAAUAAAGGGCCAUAUUAUUACAGA